AUGGACCUUUACUCCUCUGGAAACGAACUGGUCAUUAAGACAAGGAAGCCAUAUACAAUCACCAAGCAACGCGAGCGAUGGACUGAGGAGGAGCAUAAUAGGUUUCUAGAAGCCUUGAAACUCUAUGGCCGAGCUUGGCAGCGCAUAGAAGAACAUAUAGGAACUAAGACUGCUGUGCAGAUCAGGAGUCAUGCUCAGAAAUUCUUUACAAAGGUCAAUCAGUACCUUCUCACUUCAUGCUUGUUGGCAGAUUUAUUACUGUUACUAGUUUAUCUCCAGCUACACCGUCAACAUCUGUGCCUUUAUCUGAAUCUUUAAAAGUUUGAAUUGUGUUAGAUCACUUCUACCUUUGUUUUAUUUUCCAUUGUAAAUACUCGUGUUCCUUGUUUUGGUGUGUCCCAGUGUAUUUAAAUAAUAUUCUAAGAACUGUUGUUGGUAUUCACUGUUCACAGGGAGCAAACUUUCUUUUUUUUUUUCUUUUUUUU